AUGCAACGGCUGCUCAUUCGUACAUUCACCCGUCCAAAUGAAAAAUUUAAUUCUCCACUGCCUUUCCAGACGAUCCUACGUCAUUAUUCGUCCGAGUCUAAAUCCGGGCUCGGUCGUACCAGGCUUAUGAAGUCACAACCAAGUCCGACGACGUCAACAGAGCCUCCAACUCGCAUCCCAAAGCCGAUCAGUCAUGUCCAACCCGAUGCGGUUCUCGACGAGGCUACUAAGGCGAAUCUUGCAUCUAAUCCGAACGCAACUUUUCAGUCAAAUGAGGAAGAAGUUUUGUACGAGCGCACACCUACCUGGUGGAUCAAAUGGGUUUGGAUCUUAAUUGGUAUGGAUAUUGUUUGGUCGGGCAAUUUUGCCGAAUUUAUCUUCAACCGCUGGACUCGCCAAGUCGAUCCGCCCAAAGAUCGACCGCUCACUCCCGAGGAACUCAAAGAAGUCGAAUGGGUCCCUCGGCCGUUAUGGCAGCGAGCUGGACUGUCACUUUUAGUUCUCGCAGGAGGAACCGGUAUAGCAGCUGCUCUUUUGCUCGCUCAGGCACGUACAAUCACCCGAAUCGUCAGGCUCCCUGAAGCGACCAAGGCUCGCAUCGAAACGGCUCGGAAUUGGCCUGGAAGGGGGAAAGUAAUUGACUUGACAGAGGUUACGGCCCGCAAGGAUGAAACCGAAGUAAUCGCCAAACUUCCCGGUUCACGCGGAGAAUUUCUUAUUGGACUAGACGGAGCAAAGAUACGAGGCGAAGCAGGGGAGAUAGGACAAGUGAAACAAAACUUCAACCACACAUUCUCCCAGUGGAAAGGCCUUGGACGCGAGAUCAAUCCAACUUCGCCUGCCCUUGGGCGCUGGAAAUCAGGUCCAGCUGCUUAG